AUGCCUUCGCGAAAACCCAGCAAGUUUGGGAACAAAUUCCGCUCCAAUGCGGCGUCCUCAAACCCUCGACGAACAAAGACAGUCGAAUUCGGAUCCCUGCGCUCCACCGAAGCAACUUCCCAAGAUGAGAAAUUCGAGGCCAUUCGGCUGGCCAACACGAUCGAUGAGACCCUUGGCUUUCCGCGCUUCGAGUCCGGCGAGACCAGGGCCGGCUGGCUGAUCAACAUGCACAGUACCACGCUAGAAGAUUCAAAUGUACCUGGAGGCCGUGCUGGUGUCGACUAUUAUUUUCUCCAGGACGACGGAGGCAGUUUCAAGGCGACGGUGGAAUACGAUCCCUACUUCCUCAUUGCGGUCAAGAAGGGCCAUGAGAUGGAAGUGGAGGAGUGGUGCCGGAGAGCUUUUGAAGGGUUGAUCAAGAGUUUCAAGCGGCUAGACAAGGAAGACCUGAGUCUCCCAAACCACCUGCUUGGACACCGGAGGACCUUCAUCAAAUUAAACUUUGCCAAUGUGCCCAAUCUGCUUGAGGUCCGCCAGACCCUUCUUCCUCUGGCAGAGAAGAACAGGAAAAAUGCAAAUGUGAUGGAUGCAUACGUCGAGAUGACCAGUGCCACAACUGGCUUUGACCUUUUUGACGACGAACUAAUUAAUGAGCAACGACCUAAUGGCAACAUGCAAGCGAGUGAUUUUAUUGUUGAUAUUCGAGAAUACGACGUUCCGUACCAUGUCCGAGUCUCGAUUGACAAGGAUAUUCGGAUUGGGAAGUGGUACAAUGUGGAGGCGAAGCAUGGCGCGAUAACUUUGACUUGCCUUGAAGAACGACUCCAGCGUGCCGAUCCCGUUGUCCUGGCCUUUGAUAUCGAGACAACGAAACUACCCCUCAAAUUCCCCGAUGCGGUGAUUGAUCAGAUUAUGAUGAUUUCGUACAUGAUCGAUGGUCAAGGCUUCCUUAUCACCAACCGAGAAAUUGUCUCCGAGGAUAUCAACGAUUUCGAGUACACCCCAAAGCCGGAGUACAAUGGACCUUUCGUGAUUUUCAAUGAACCAAAUGAGAGAGCAGUCCUGGAGCGCUUUUUCGAACACAUCAAGAUCGCCAAGCCGACAGUUAUCGCUACAUACAACGGUGACUUUUUCGAUUGGCCGUUCGUAGAAACGAGGGCAAGCAUUCAGGGAAUUGACAUGUACAUGGAGAUUGGCUUCAGGAAGAACAGCGAGGACAUCUACCAAAGCGAUAAUUGUGUUCACAUGGACUGCUUUGCAUGGGUCAAUCGUGACAGUUACCUUCCCCAAGGAAGUCGUGGUCUGAAAGCUGUGACAGUCGCCAAGCUUGGCUAUGAUCCCGAUGAGCUUGACCCUGAACUGAUGACGCCUUAUGCGAGCGAACGACCCCAGACGCUGGCCGAAUACUCCGUUUCCGAUGCUGUCGCGACAUAUUACUUGUACAUGAAAUAUGUGCAUCCUUUCAUUUUCUCUUUGUGCACCAUUAUUCCGCUUAGCGCUGAUGAUACGCUGCGCAAGGGAACUGGAACGCUAUGCGAGAUGCUGCUCAUGGCCUUCUACGAAGGUCAUUUGCUCGAGUCUGAAACCUAUGUUGGCGGUCAUGUCGAAAGUAUCGAAGCUGGUGUCUUCCGCAGCGAUAUCCCCACCGGAUUUAAUGUUGACCCUGCUGCGAUCGACGAGCUGCUCCGGGACCUAGACCAUGCUCUCAAGUUCAGCAUUGAAGUUGAAGAGAAGAAAUCUAUGGACGACAUUGCGAACUUCGAUGAAGUUAAGGGUCAGAUCGCAGAGAAGCUGCUUGAGCUGAAGAACAAUCCGAGCCGAAACGAGGUUCCUUUGAUCUAUCACUUGGAUGUUGCUUCUAUGUAUCCCAACAUCAUGAUCACCAAUCGUCUACAACCCGAUUCCAUGAUUGAUGAAUCUGACUGUGCCGCUUGCGAUUUUAACCGGCCCGGAAAGACUUGUGACAGACGUAUGCCGUGGGCUUGGCGUGGCGAGUUCUUGCCUGCAAAGCGCGAUGAGUAUAACAUGAUUCGGCGAGCCACUGGAAAUGAACGGUUCCCAAGCCGAACAAAAAAUGGUUUGCUGCGUUCAUUUGGUGAUCUCAGCAUCGAAGAGCAGGCUGGAGUUGUGAAGAAGCGCCUGCAAGAUUAUAGCAAAAAGAUUUACCACAAGAUCCAUGACAGCAAGACCGUGGUACGAGAGGCAAUCAUUUGUCAAAGAGAGAACCCGUUUUAUGUCGAUACAGUACGAAGCUUCCGUGAUCGACGCUACGACUUCAAGGGCAAGCAGAAGGUCUGGAAAAACAAGACCGAUUCGCUGCAAUCAUCCGGAGCUUCUGCAGCUGAGAUUGACGAGGCAAAGAAGAUGAUUAUCCUUUAUGAUUCGCUGCAGCUUGCGCACAAGGUCAUUCUGAACAGUUUCUACGGUUAUGUCAUGCGAAAGGGUUCCCGAUGGUAUUCCAUGGAAAUGGCUGGUGUCACUUGUCUGACUGGUGCCCACAUCAUUCAAAUGGCGCGAGAGCUUGUCGAACGCCUUGGCCGGCCGCUGGAACUGGACACCGAUGGUAUUUGGUGCAUGCUGCCGGGCUCUUUCCCCGAGAACUUUUCCUUCACUUUGAAGAACGGGAAGAAGUUGGGUAUUUCGUACCCUUGUGUCAUGCUCAACCACCUUGUCCAUGCCAGAUACACGAAUCACCAGUAUCAGGCACUGGUCGAGCCAUCCACUUACAAGUACGAGACUUACAGCGAGAACUCCAUUUUCUUCGAAGUCGAUGGACCUUACCGAGCAAUGAUUUUGCCAACAUCAAAGGAGGAAGACAAGAACCUGAAGAAGCGAUAUGCCGUCUUUAACCACGAUGGGUCGUUGGCUGAGCUCAAGGGGUUCGAGGUCAAGCGAAGAGGAGAGCUGAAGUUGAUCAAGAUCUUCCAGACUCAAAUUUUCAAAUUUUUCCUGGAAGGCACCAACCUUGCCGAAACCUAUGCCGCAGUGGCUCGGGUUGCCGACCGAUGGCUGGAUGUGCUCUAUGAACGUGGAGCCACGUUAGCCGAUGAAGAACUGAUCGACCUUAUUUCGGAGAAUCGCAGCAUGUCAAAGACCCUGGAAGAGUAUGGAAACCAAAAGUCUACGUCCAUCACUACAGCCAAGCGCCUAGCAGAAUUUCUGGGAGAGCAAAUGGUCAAGGACAAGGGCUUGAACUGCAAGUACAUUAUCUCCUCGAGGCCAAGAAAUACCCCCGUCACAGAGAGAGCCAUUCCAGUCACUAUCUUUUCCGCGGAGGAGAAUGUCAAGCGCUUCUUCCUGCGCAAAUGGCUCAAGGAUGACCCAGGGGACAUGGACCCCCGGACGGUCAUUGACUGGAGCUACUACCUAGAGCGUCUGGGGUCUGUGGUUCAGAAGCUCAUCACCAUUCCGGCUGCGCUUCAAAAGCUGCGAAACCCGGUGCCUCGUGUCGCUCAUCCGGAUUGGUUACAGCGGCGAAUAAAUCAAAAGGAUGACAAGUUCAAGCAGAAAAAAAUGACUGACCUGUUCGAAAAGUCGGAGAAAGCCCCACUCUCUACGAUAUCUGCCAACAUUCUGGAUCAUCGUGUUCAACAUUCUGGCGAUAUGGACGAAGUCAUUGCGCAUUCAACGCAAAAGCUCAAGUCUUCUCCCGAUGGGAAGGUAGCUCAGAAACGAAAGCAUCCUGAGGGAGUCACCAAAUCAUCUCUUGAUCCCUUUGCCACUCUUCCAGCUGCCAUGCCGUCCAUUACAGACGACUACGAAGGUUUCCUCAAAUACCAGAAACAGAAGUGGAAGAUCCAGAAGCAAGCUCGUGUUCGUCGUCGCCAACUGUUUGGCGAGCGAACUAAUGUUGCAUCUGAUCCUUUGAGCAAUUUCUUCCGCAACCAAGCCCAGAUGCUGUAUAUCAGUACUUGGCAGGUCCUCCAACUACGCGAGACAGGGCGCGCUGGCAUUGUGCGAGCAUUUGUGCUCAUUGACCAAAAGAUACACGCUUUCAAUGUCAAGGUCCCGCGGCAAUUCUUUGUGAACUUGAAGCGUGAUUCCUUGCCCGACAUUGAAGUGCCGGAUUGUGAAGUCGAAAAGGUGCACCACACCCUGCCCAAUGGACACCCAUCGGUUCACCUUUUCAAGCUGUCCUUGUCAGAGGACAAGUUCCUCGAGGAAGCAGAUAAGAUGGAUGCUCUGUUCCAGCACUCUAGUAUCGAAGGCGUCUACGAGCGGGACAUUACCCCCAGUAUCCGAGCAGUCCUGAAGUUGGGAAGUCACUGUACCUUUGAUGAAGAGCAGCGCGGUGUUCUCGGCGACGGUUUGGAGAAAGGAUUCGAUCUGUCCACGCUUCUCCAUACUACUUCAGACCAGCCCUAUUUGAUGGACUCUCCCCUGGCGUACCAUUACCUGUACCAUGUCGCGUCUGGAGAGAGACAGGUCUUUGCCCUCUUCUCGACAACCCAAAAAGAGGCGCAUAUUGUCAUCCUCAACCGCACGAGAGAUGUUCAGGGUUUGCCGAAUGUCGACAAGAUCUAUGCGGAGUUACUUUCUCGGAAACUGCAGGAUACUGCAAGUGACGCAUCGCAAAAUGCUUUCGAAUACCAAGAUAAGAUCCAUUUCAAGACUACCCAGGUGAUGACUCGUCGAAAAGCUCACCUGGAAGUUGGCGAUUUGGUUCGAAAACUCCGUAGUGAUGAGACCCAACCCGCUGUUUUGGUCAUCCAGUCUCAACAGAAGGAUCGACUGUGUCACGACAUUCCUAUUCUGAAAGAGUACCCAACCCUGGCUGUGAAGCCCGAAGCUUCGGAUAUGGAUCUCCCACCCCUUGGUUGGCAAGCGUUCAUUGCUAGGCGCCUUGUGACACACUACCUGUACUUGGCCGCAUGGGUCCAGCACUUGACUCUGCUUGCUCGGUACGGAGAUGUUCCGCUUUGCAACUUGGAGACCGAUGAUCCGAGGUAUCUCAUCGACGUCGCGUAUGCUCGGCGUCUCCAGCAGAGUAAUGUUGUCCUCUGGUGGUCUAACGGACCCCGGCCAGACCAUGCUGGAUAUGAAAAGGAUGACAUCGUUGGCCCACUGGAGAAGGUCAAUAUGCCGUCAGUCAAUACGCCAAAUGCAUAUUCAACAGUGUGCAUCGAGUUAGAUAUUCGCAAUCUAGCUAUUAACACCAUUCUCACUUCUUCGAUUGUCAAUGAGAUGGAAGGGAACGAUGCACUGUUAGCACCCUCUGGCAAUGGAGCGGAUGACACAGGCGUUCUGUACUCCGAGAAGGCGUUUGCAUCUGCGGGUGCCGUGGUACUGCGCGAAAUGGUGAAGAACUGGUGGACGGAGGCUUGCGCGGGCAAUAGCAUGGCCGAUAUCAUGGUCCAGCACUUGAUUCGGUGGGUGGAGAGCCCGGUAUCCUGCCUCUACGACCGAUCCCUGCACAACUAUGUUCGAUUGCUCUCACGCAAGUCGUUCCAGCGAUUGAUGGCUGAGUUCCGACGAGUCGGCUCCAAUGUUAUCUUCGCCAGUCCAACCCGUCUCUUACUUCAGACAACCAAGACCGAGGUGGGCAAUGCCUACGCCUACAGCCAAUACGUUCUGAAGUCGAUCCGAGGGAAUCCCUCUUUCCAUUUCAUCGAUCUCGAGAUCAAAGAGUAUUGGGACUAUCUCGUCUGGUAUGACGAGUACAAUUACGGCGGCAGAGGCUGCCGGGAGGUCGUGGAGGCCGAGAAGCAAGAGCUGGAGACAGUGAUGCAUUGGCAACUUAGUCGAUUCUUGCCGACACCCAUGCAGACCAUCUUCCAUGAUUGGGUUGUCGAGUACAUCGAGCUAAUGCACUCCGCAAAGCACCCCGAUCUCCAGGAGAAUGAAAUUUCAUCCACGCCUCGUCUGACCCAGAUUCCGAUUGGAAAGCCCAACGAUGUCGACGACGAAGGCCUGACUGCUAUUCUUGCUGAGCGAUUCUCGAAGCCUCUGAAGAAACAAAUCUCAGGACUCAUUCGCCGCCAGCGCGAUGAACUGCUCCACCCUGAGCUGGCCUCCGACUAUGCCUUCCCCGUUCUUCCCGGUGUUCUGGUGGACCCUAAGGGAGACAAGCGUAAUCCAGCCCUGGAGCUCGUCAAGCUUCUCAUGCAAGUUCUGAGUCUCUCCAAGACCACAACACUCGAAUCUCGACUGCUGCGCCGCGAGCUCCUGGCCCUCUUCGAGGUCCGUGAAUUCAGCAAAGAGGGUCGCUUUGAAAACCCUAGCGCGAGUCUGAAACUGCCGGAGCUUACCUGCAACGCCUGCUGUCUCAUCCGCGACCUAGACCUGUGCCGCGAUGAAGACGUCCUGCCCGAACCGGGCACGGACAACAGCAAGGGUCCCAAACCCUGGCGCUGCCCUUUCUGCCAGACGGAAUAUGAUCGACUGGCACAGGAAGAAAUCCUCAUUGGCCAGGUGCAUGGACUUGUGGUCGAAUGGCAGACGCAGGACCUCAAGUGCUCCAAGUGCAGCACCCUCAAAGUGAGUGAAUUCAUGGAGCACUGCUCCUGCAGCGGCAAAUGGACUUCGACGGUCGAUCUGAAGGAGACCGAGAAGAAAUUGCGCGUGUUCCAGAGUGUCGCCAAGUUCCACAGUCUGCAACUGCUGGAGACUGUGGUGGAGGGCGUCCUGGCCCAACUGUAG